AUGACUCUUCAACUGCAAGAACCUUCUCAGGGUUUACAUCCCGUCACAUCUAAUCCAACACACCAGAAAAUGAAGCUUUCUUCGAAAAUAGGUAAACUUUUUGGCGUGGGUGUUUCGUCAUCUUCUUCUACUGCUACGAGUCUGAAGAGACAGAUUUCAUCUUCUUCGAAAUCACCUUUAGUGUCUCCGACUGCUUCUCCUGGGUUGUCGCCCUCUCCUGGUUCUGGUUCUGGUCCCUCAAGAAGACCUGCAUCUCCAGCUCCGUUAUUGUUGUCCUCCAAUGAUGCCCAAGGCAAUAGUGGGUUAAGCCUAAGUCAAACAGACUCUUCAACCUCUCUAUCACUGAAAAAUAUCACUACUGCUACCAACAAUAAUACUAAUAAUAGUCAUACUGAACUUGAUUUGGUUCCAGAUAAUGCAGAAUUGUCUCAUAAUGCUCAUAGAUUGUUUUCGUUGUCUAAUAUGGCAUCUUCAAUACGAUCCCCAAAUGUUUCUCGACAGAACUCCACUAAACAGCAACAAAAACCAACUCCUACGUCUUCAGCUCAUACAUCUUCUGUGCAAACUUCAAGAAAGAAUAGUAUUUCUGAGCGGAAGAAUAGUGUUUCUGAUAGAAAAAAUAGUAUAACCGAACGUGAAACAAGAGGAAGUAUAUCGGAUAGAAAGUCUAGUGUUGGUUCGGAAAGAAAGGGGUCAUCUUCAAGUAUUAGUGUUUUAAUUUCUUCUGUUACUUCACAGCCUGCCAAUAAGUCAUCCACUUCUUUAAAUGGUUCGGACUCACCACAACAACCUCCUAUUCCAGUUGCGAGGUCUUCCUCGCUGAAGAGAAUUCUCCCAGGUAAGAAAAGUGUAUCACCCAAACCAAGUGGAACAACUGGAGGCAUAGUAACUACUAAUCCCAAUACAUUAUCUUCUAUAAUUUCCAAUGAUUCUAAAUCUAGCGGGCUACUUGAAUCGAAUAAUAAUGAUGUUGAGAAUAAUAAUAAUAAUAAUAUUAAGUCCACAACUGCAUCUACUUCUGUUUUAUCACCGCAACCUCAGAAACACAUCAAUUCUCCUCCAUCGCAACCAUCAUCUCAUUUGUCUUCAACUACUCUGGUGAAUAAGCUAAGAUUCAAAAUGCACCCAGACGGUAACCAUGAACACAACCUUAGAUACGCCAAAAGACAAGAGAAGCUUACAAAUAUGCUUAAGGACUUUUUGGGAGCUAAGAAACUUCGUGAUGAGGCCAAAUCUGCAUUACCCAGUAUUUUCAGUGGUAGUAACGUUGAUUCAACCAAGUCUCAAGUGCCCAAUGGGGUCAACAAUGGACCUCCAACGUUAUUUGCUGGACUAGUUAAACAGGUGAAGAAUCGUCAAAAUGAAGACAAUACUUCUGCAUCUGAUACCCGUGUAAUUGCUGGAAUUUUAAGUGAGAAUGGAUCCAAAUCAAUGGAGAAGGUUGUAAGUGGAACAUCAAGUGCCAAUGAUUGUCGAUCAUUUUUAGAGAAGUAUGGACGAUGUCAAGAAGUAAUUGGUAAAGGGUCAUUUGGAGUUGUUCGGGUAGCUCAUAAGAAAGUUGGUCCUGGAGAAGGUAACCGAGGAGAAGAAAUUCUCUAUGCCGUUAAGGAAUUUAAAACCCGAGCUAACGAAGGAGAAAAGAAGUAUCAUCGUCGUUUGACGAGUGAAUUUUGUAUUUCAUCUUCAUUAAAGCAUUUGAACAUUAUCGAUACCCUUGACCUACUUAAAGAUGCUAAGGGAGAAUAUUGUGAAGUUAUGGAAUAUUGUGGAGGUGGAGAUUUAUUUUCUGUUAUUGUUGCAGCUGGUAAAUUGGAAUAUGCCGAAGCAGAUUGUUUCUUUAAACAAUUAAUACGAGGUGUGGUAUACAUGCAUGAAAUGGGGGUUACUCAUAGAGAUUUAAAACCAGAGAAUUUACUACUUACAACCCAAGGAGUACUUAAGAUCACAGAUUUUGGUAAUGGAGAAUGUUUCAAAAUGGCGUGGGAGAAUGAUAUUCAAUUUUCUGAAGGAGUUUGUGGAUCUUCGCCUUAUAUUGCGCCUGAAGAAUUUGUAUUAAAAUCGUUUGACCCCAGAGGCGUUGAUAUUUGGGCUUGUGGAGUUAUUUAUAUGGCCAUGAGAACCGGUAGACAAUUAUGGCAAGUAGCCAAUCCUAAGGAAGAUGAAUUUUAUGAGGAAUAUUUGGCAAAGCGGAAGGAAGCAAGUGGAUAUGAACCAAUUGAAAACUUGAAACGGGCAAGAUGCAGAAACGUUAUUUAUUCUAUAUUGGAUCCAAUUCCUGAUAGAAGAAUCACUGGUAAGCAGAUUCUUAAUAGUGAAUGGGGCAGAGAAAUCAAAGUAUGUGAUGCUGGUGAAGGAAAAUUAGAUCAUCAUGAUUCAAAGAUAUAUUUAUAG